AAGUCACAAGUUCCAUGGGUGCUUCAACUAUCAAACAGAUGCUUAUGUGUAAGCAAGCAUGUCCACAGCGCACACCUUUUAAAGCCCUAUCAACUGCCACCAAAAAUGGUGACUUUCUUCCUUAUCCAGCAUCCUAUCCUGCCUAGUUUCUUCAAGAAAUGGGAAAAUCCAAGAAGACCCAGCAUAAAGAUCAAGACUUGACGCCAAGAAGAUCUGCUAGAUUGGCAGACAAGUUCAAGAAACUACCAGAAGAGUUAAUCCUUAAAAUCCUGUCCAAAAUCCGACAAGACCCCAAAACUCUCAUACGCUGUUCCUCUGUUUCCAAGAACUUGCAUUCUCUCAUCUCCAAAUUUGACAGUAUCUCCCUCAGAUUAUCGUAUCCUGAUGAGGACUAUGCUUCUCUUCCAUGCUUCCAUUCACAUAACCACAUCCCACAAGCGGUCGUUCCUGGUAUCAUAAGGGUUUUUUCAAAUCUCAAGUUUCUUCAACUUAAUAUCUGUCCAUGCCCUUCUCCGUCUUCUGAAGAUGGAGAAAUGUCCAGGUUGAAGUUCCUGCGUCAUAAUGAUGACGAUGAUUAUAUGAACUGCGAAAUAACAGUUGCUUUCGAAGUUGGGUUCUUGUCUGGGACUCGCACAAGCGGAGAUUUACCUCUGAAAUUGAGGCCCCAGAUUGUGAAUACUGGCGUGGUUGAAAUGAAUCUUCUCAUUGUUAAUACGAUAUUACAGCAUUGCCCGAAAACGCUGAGGAGCUUGGUGAUUUCGAGUGCGAAGAUGCAGGGGUCUGGAUCAAAAGGGGAUGUUUUUGUUAGACAAGAAGUGAUGGGAAAGUUGGCUGAUGUGGUUUCAAGUUUGAGGGGUUAUGAGAGUUGGGUUAAAUGGCUUAAUGACCCGAGCAAUGUGGCUUUUUGGCUUAAGAAUCCACUUAACGAUGAGCAUCGUUGUCUUAGAGAAAUUAUGUGGGCUGUUCGUCGUGUAGAAUUGCCAUGGCCAUGGGAGGAGCGCAAUGAGCUAGUUGUGAGAGAAGGUGAUGUGAAGGAGUUUUUGAGUGUUUAUGGUUAUAAUGAUACGCAACAAUGAGGAGAUGGAAAUUAACUUCUUGAAGGUGGCAAAGUCAGUGGUAGCUCUUUCAAAGAGUGCAGAUGAUUGAUGAGCUGCUUGAAGUACCAUUGUGGUUCAGUGAUUGCAGAAUCUUCAUCUAGAACCCUACAAGUUAACAAAAUCAGUGGUAGUUUCUUACGAGAGCACAGGUGGUUGGUGAACUGUUUUAUGUACCAAUAUGGUCGAUGAACUGAUGCAAAAUUUUGGGGAGAGAAACUUGAUGGCGGAUUUCGCGAGGCACAGGAAAAUGCUCAGUGUUUUUUUCUGAUUAUUUGUUCUUGAGCUUCCUUUGUUGAUAUUCAUCAACUCCAGAUUUUUCAUGUGUUUUAGAUGAUUCCAAUCUAUAUUAUGUGGGCAAAAAAUGAGUGAUGAGAGUGAAACAAGAAAGAUGUUUUCCACCUCUCAAUUUCGAACACAGUUGAAUACCACUCUUGCAUGUGGUUUUGGUCUCCUGUUGUCAAGUAAGGGUAAAGGGUGAUGAGGUGACAGCAACUGUAAUUGUUUUCACUGUACAAUUAUGGCGAUGGAGUUGUGGAUGUUGAUGGCAUCAGUAUACUUGUCAAUUUAAGAAAUAUGGUUACAGCGCAGCGCAAUUUCAGUCGUUCUGUUCUCAGCAGUUUCACCAAUACGUGUUGCUCAUACUUUGCCUCGUCUGUUCGGCCACCCUGUGGACGAGAAAUACGUUUUGUUUCGCUGCAGAGUGCAAAUGGCAGAUGAAGAGCUCCAUGUACCAACAAGGCUGAAGGGUUGAUUGCAUAAUGUUUGAUUAUGAAUUCAAUGGUUCUUCAACACCGUAAAGAACAGAAGAGCUCUGUAGACCUUUUUCUGUUGAAUAAUCUUGUGUUUAGGUUUCUGUAACCCAAAGGGUUAGAAGCCUAGCUAUUGGAUGAUUAAUCUACCUUAUCUUAUAUA